AUGAUUUCUGAAGACGACAAAGCUAUGAUGGAGGCUACUACUGCUGAGACAGAGGAAAUUGGGCAAAACGAAGGGGGGGAAAUUGACGUUAGUAAGACCGAAGAGGAUGAGGGUAAGAUGUUUAUUGGAGGUCUUAGCUGGGAUACUACAAAGAAAGACCUGAAGGAUUAUUUUUCAAAAUUUGGAGAGGUUUUAGACUGUACCUUGAAAUUGGACCCUAUCACUGGAAGAUCUCGUGGCUUUGGCUUUGUCUUGUUUAAAGAAUCUGAAGGUGUUGACAAGGGGCAGAGAUACCUGGGAAGAGGAUCAGAUGUCACCCUAGGGGGGGGGGAAGUGAAUGAAGACCUCUAUGAGGAAGAGGAAGUGUUUCCAGGGAGCACUGCAGAGACCUUCAGGGAUUCAGAUGAUGACUCCGAGGCUCUCAAGGAUUCUUUCGAUUUAUCAUUGGUGUCGCCUGCGGAUGUCUCAUCCAAGAUGAGCCUGUGUACCUUGCCCUUCGAAGGAUCCCGGCUCUUUGGAGCCAGACUAGACAAAGUCAUAUCCAAAGCCUCAGGGGGAAAGAACCAGUUCUUGCCUCAGGAGAGGAACAAGCCAAGAUUUCAGCCUUUUAGGCCUUUCAGUUCCAGAGGGGCAGGAGGCUCAGGAUCCUCACACUAUUCCUCCAGGGGGGCAAGGGAAGGCUUUAAACCCUUUGCUUGGAGAAGAAAUCAGUCUAACUUUUCAAGGAAUGAUAAGUCCAGGCCAGCUCAACCACCAAAGAAAUCUUCCUGA